AUGAACGAAGGCUGCUAUCUCCCAUUGAGUCAAACACACACUCAAGGAAUAAACUUAUACGCUCUCAUCUUCUUGAUACAAUUGAGAAACGACUUUGUGAGUCUCCUUAUUCCUAAACACGACGUCGGCCAGCCAGAAGGCUGCUAUCUCCCUCAGCCUCGUGGGCACCAAUCCGUUCUCCCUCACGAUCUCGUCCCACACCUUGUCCUUGUCUUUCAUCACGUCCUCCAGCAAAACCGGCUCUUUCCCCUCCUCGUACCCCACCGCUUCCAAAUCGAACUCCUUGGCCAGCACACCCCACAGAUGCUUCCACUUGAACACGUCCCCGUUGUUCACAUUAAACGCUUGGUUCUUCGCCUCGGGACACGUAGCGGCCCACACAAAGUGCUCGGCCAGCAGCUCCGAGUCGACAGCGUCCCAGAGGCACGUCCACGAGACAUAGGUCCCUGUGUACACGAGCGGCCUCCCCUCGUGCUUGCAGAUGGCCGCGUACACGCACAGCGUGCUCACCGUGUUCAUCAUACUGCACGGGGAGAAGCCGAAGAUGAGCGCCGGCCGGUGGAUGGACCACGUCAGCAUGCUCUUCCUCAGGGCCGUCUCGUACACCAAGUCCUCGAGGUCGUAAUAGAAGUUGUCCUGCUUCAGCCUGGGGAGGUUCUCGUAAUAGGGGCAGUCGUGGGGCUCGUUCGUGCUGUCCAUCUCGGCCAUGUUUCCCCAGUAAUACUUGAUCCCUGUCUGGAGGGCGAGGUGCUUGAGAUUGGGGCAGUUGGGGACGACCGAGUCGAGAAUGUUCCGGAACAUUAA